GACUUUAAUAACAGUCCGAUUGAAAUUUUAAAUGUGGAGCUUACAUAAUAUAUGAAUUUAUAGCAGUGGAAUCUUGGAACAAGCCAUUGUCCUUAUCUUGAAAGAGUCAACACAGAGAAUUAGAGAGAUGGAGAACAAAACUCAAGAGGAAGCUUCGACCAUUAAUGUUUCAUCCCUUGCUUGUAUAGAUCUCGCCAACUCCAAUCUUCAUCGAUCAGCUGCUUCGCUUAAGCAGGCUUGGCUCUUCUUCUUUCUUUUUCUCAACGUCAAUGAUUACGGUUUGGCCUUUAUUAGUUAUGUGACUAGUUGUUGGUUAUUCUUGUUCUAGGCAUGUCUAGAUUGUGGAUUUUUCUAUGUCACAAAUCAUGGUAUAAGUGAGGAGUUAAAGGACGAGGCUUUCGAGCAAAGCAAGAAGUUCUUUGCUCUUCCUUUGGACGAGAAGAUGAAAGUCUUGAAAAACGAAAAACAUCAAGGCUAUUCACCCGUCCUUAGUCAAAUCUCUGAUAACCAAAUCCAUGGGGAUUACAAAGAAAGUUUUUUCAUUGGAAUCGAAGGCUCCAACGAUACACCAUUCUGUCGCGCUAACAUUUGGCCUAACCCUGAUGUUUUGUCGGGAUGGCAGGCGACCAUGGAGAAAUAUCAUCAAGAAGCAUUGAGGGUUUGUAAGGCUAUUGCUAGAGUAUUGGCAUUGGCGCUCAACGUGGAUGGAGAUUACUUUGAUACACCGGAAAUGCUUGGAAAUCCCCUCACAUUUAUGCGCUUGCUUCACUAUGAAGGGAUGUCUGAUCCCUCAAAAGGAAUAUAUGGCUGCGGGCCACAUUCUGAUUUUGGUAUGAUGACUCUCUUAGGAACGGAUAGUGUAAUGGGGCUCCAGAUAUGCAAGGAUAGAGACGUGAAGCCUAGGAAGUGGGAAUAUAUACUAUCGAUAAAAGGGGCAUAUAUCGUGAAUAUUGGUGACUUGCUAGAGCGUUGGAGCAAUGGCAUUUUUAAGUAAAUAAUUGUUGUUUGAGCUAGCUAAUUUAUCCUUUUGCAUUGUGAUUGAUUUUUGCAAGUAAAGUUUUCUUGCUAACAUUUAUCUCACAUGUUUUUUUUUACACAUAGAUCCACAUUGCAUCGGGUACUUGGGAAUGGUCAAGACCGAUAUUCCGUAAGUCUGUUGGCUAAACCCAUCCGCGUCUAUCUGCACAAAUUUUUUCGACAUGUCCACUUUUCGGUGCGGUUAUUGUGAAAGAAGUUUUAACCAGAUGCUCAAUGUCGUCAUUAUAAUAUAUCAACAACAAUCUACGGUUUUGUUAAACAUGUUUACACAUGAGUUCGACAUAUAUAAUCUAACAUUGGAAGUGUAUUUGAUGUGUUCUCACCGCAGAUUGCAUUCUUUCUGCAACCUAGUCACGACUGUAUAGUAGAAUGUCUUCCUACCUGCCAGUCUGAAAACAACCCUCCCAAAUAUCCAGCUAUAAAAUGUUCAACGUACCUCACUCAACGUUACCAGGAUUCACAAGUGGAUUUGAGCAUCUACAAAAAAUAGACCUAAGUGAAAGUCUUUUUGGUUUUUUUUAGAAAGGUCCAAGCCCUUCCCACUAUAAAUGCUUUGGUUUUCUAGUUGGGCUCCUCGUUAAAAGUCUUUUGAUGGUUCUUGCUCACCAAGCUCUCUAUACCUUUUUAAUGGGAACCUAUUGGAUUUAAUUAAAAACAAUCUAUUAAAUCAACCCGCGUUUAAAGUGACUCCACUACACUCAUCACAAGUGUAGAACCAUUCUAGUGGCUACGGAAACGCUCAUAACGCCCAUAAGAUAAUUAC